CUACUUUACGUAUGUAGGUGUCACUGCAAUUUGUGAUCAUAACCAUUUUAUAAUGCACUGCGUAAAGACGUAUCAAAAUGUUGCUGUUGUUAUUUAUAGUAAUUUUAUCAUUGGAUAGUACUUUGUGUGUUUCAUGUCCAAAAGAGUGUGAUUGUGAUACAGAAAACGGGUUAAACAGAGCAAGUUGUGUCGAUCAAAAUAUUAUAAGUGUUGCAGUGGGUGUACCGAAAGAAGUGCAAGUUUAUAGCCUGAGUCGCAAUGUUAUUAGUGAACUGGAUAAUUUUUGUUUUAAGGAGCUCGGAUAUACGUCCAUUCAAGUUUUAGACCUGUCUUACAAUCAGAUAUUUUGGAUUGGUCUACACGCCUUCUCCGGGCUAGAUCAGCUUGUCGAUUUAAACCUGAGUAACAAUCGAAUAAGAUACUUCCCUUCUGAUAUAUUCUGGCAUACACCUCAGCUGGAUAUACUCGACUUAUCGUCUAAUAUCUUAGAGACGUUGAGAAACGAACCCUUUAUUAUGCACAAUAAAUUACAGGUCCUUAAUCUCAAUAGCUGUCGAAUAAAAUCUUUACCAGAUCGUCUAUUUACGAGACUGCCCAAUCUUAAGAAGUUAGAUAUAAGUGAAAAUUAUUUGGUCACCUUAAGCUUAGGUGUUUUGCGACCUUUAAGAAAACUAAACAGAUUAGAAUUAAGGAAUGAUUAUUGGCAGUGCAAUGCCAAUUUCAUUGCCAUUGAAUCAUGGAUCGUUUCCCGUGGAAUAGCAUACAAGAAGUUGUGCCAGAAGAAAUUACCCACUAUGUCUGAAAAGAUGAUAUCUAUGGUUCAUAUUGAGAGAAAACCAUUGGAUAUCACCGAAAUAUGGAAUCUUACAGCGAAGAAUAAUACGACAAUUGAUGUGAGUAUUUGUAAUGAAACAAAACCUUUGACGCCAUUCCAGAAGUUUGAUAGAAACUUCUCGGCCCUUCAAGCGUUUGUCAUUGGGCUGGAAGUAGGAUUGGCGAUAGGUAUUAUAGCGACAUACAUGUGGCUGCGUCGUGUUUGUGGUCAACUGAGAUGUCGUCGCCCGCAAUCAAGACGAGAGCGACGGAGAGUACGACGGGAAGGGGAUAUGAGGAACCAUUUAUUGUGGAACUCUGUCGUUCACACAAACAUGGAGACUCCUCCCAUAUAUAGAGUAUUACCUGUUCCGAGUGCACCCUUAAAUUCGCAACCAACAAGGGGUAGAGGGGGUAAUUCUAAUGCGGAGCGUUCUGAAACACCACCUCCACCAUAUCAUGAAUGUCGUCCGUCAGGAUAGUUAUAAACGUAUAUUGACUUUUUGAUAUAAAAAUUAUAUAAAUUUAAAAUAUGCUAAUAAUUUUGAGAUUUAAGAUCAACGCAAUAAAUAAUAGAAUUUUUACUAUA